CGGAGAUAUUUUCUGUUUUCUGUAUUUGCGAAUAACGGAGAAGAUGGAGAAGCUUCUUUAUGAAGCAUCGUUAGACGGAAACUCAACGGCCUUGCUUAUAUUACUUCAAGAAGAUCCACUGAUUCUUGAUCGAGUUACACUACACAAUAAUGACGACAUGCCUCUACACGUUGCCUCGAUGCUUGGACAUAUAGAAUUUGUUAAGGAGAUCGUAAUCCGGAAGCCUCAUCUUGCUAUGGAGCCUGAUUCACAGAGACGCUUGCCUCUUCACAUAGCAUCAGCGAAAGGCCAUGUAGAAGUAGUUAAAGCUCUGGUAUCAGCUAGCCCUGAGACAUGCCUUGCACGUGAUCGUGAUGGGAGAAACCCUCUCCAUCUUGCAGCCAUUAAAGGAAGAUACGACGUCGUGAAAGAGCUUGUGCAAGCCCAACCCCAUGCAGCUAGAGCCAUGGUGCAGCAGGAGACCAUCUUGCACUUGUGUGUGAAGCGUAACCAACUGGAGGUUUUGAAGUUUUUAGCAGAGAGGUGUGAUCAUGAGUUUGUAAACUCUAAGGAUGCCGAUGGCAAUAACAUUCUACACCUAGCUGUGGCUGAUAAACAAAUUGAGACUAUAAACUUGUUGCUACUCGAUACAACAAUAGAAGUGAAUGCAACAAACACUAAUGGAGACACACCCAUGGAUAUACUGGCUCAAGGUCCAAGAGAUGUGAAAGAUAAACAAAUAAUACAGUCUCUGAUGCGAGCAGGAGCUUUUGAGUUGAAAACGGAAGGUUUUCUAGGAGAAGUGCCUCAAAAAUUUAGAAUCAAAAUGGAAUUAGACAACUCAAAGUAUAAUAAGAAACCCAGUUUGCCUUCUCACUUGAAAAUUAAAGACUCUAACAAUGACGACGACUGGUUGGACAAAAAGCGAAACACUUUGAUGGUGGUGGCGUCAUUGAUAGCAACAAUGGCCUUUCAAGCAGGUACUAAUCCUCCCAGUGGUGUUUGGCAAGAUGGGUCAACGACAGAUCCAAACCGAAGGGCUGGAUAUGCUGUGAUGGUGUACAAUCAUCCGAAUUUAUACCAUGUCUUUCUGGUUUGCAAUACGGUGGGAUUUGUUUCGACUCUUAGCAUUAUCUUGUUGCUUAUCAGUGGAUUGCCUUUUUUGAAGCAUCGUGUUUUCUUGUGGAUUCUGAUGGUUAUUAUGUGGAUCGCUACUUCGUCUAUGUCAAUCACUUAUUGGGUUUCGAUAUCGGUAUUGACACCAAAACCCGAGGCACGGACGUUUAGGAAUGUGGUAAAUGGUAUUGUGUUGGUAUGGAUCGGGUUGAUGUCUCUAUUAGUAAUGGGACACUCCUUUCAGCUAAUGAAUUUUUUCUCAAAGCAAACAUACCGAAGAAAAAAGGGUCCGAUAGUUAUAAAUAAUGCUGAAAUUUAACUUGUAAUUAAAGUAUUUAGCUGUUAAAGUCUCAAAUGUGUACAUGACAUUGCUGAAAUUUUUGGCAAUGAUAAGUUUAUACGGAGUAAAAGUCAUUGUUUUA